CCACAGUGUUCAAACAAGAGAUUGAGAAACAGAUUAGAAAUUCAAGAAUAUCAUUGGCAAGAGAGAAACUGAAAAAUAACAAGAAUAUUGUCAUUAGCAAGAAAGAAAGUGAUCAGAGAUGGAAAAUGUUGUGAUGAGAGAAGAAGUAGUGAUAGUAGGAGGAGGAGUUGCAGGUUUAGCAACAGCAUUAGCAUUAAAGAGAGUUGGAGUCAAGAGUUUAGUGUUGGAGAGAGCUAAUGAGCUGAGAAUCAUUGGUGGUUCUUUAACUCUUUUCCCAAAUGCUUGGAUUGCUCUUGAAGCACUUGGUGUUGCUCACAAACUUACUGCCGUCUACAAACCUUUCAAAAGGGGAGAAGUUACGAAUGUUGCAAAUGGAGUUACCCAAGAGAUUCUGUUUACAACUGAUGAAGGGGAAGAGUGGUUGGCAAGAGGACCUAGGUCUGUGCAUAGGAGAGCCUUACUUGAAGCUAUGUUAUAGGAACUACCAACUGAUACAGUCCGUUACUCGUCGAGGCUUUGCUCAAUUGAAAAAACCGAAACACGGAAUGAUGUGGAUCCAUUCGGAGUAAUCGUUCAUCUAGAAGAUGAGACUACUAUCAAUACCAAGGUUUUAAUAGGGUGUGACGGUGUACACUCUUUGGUGGCAAAGUGGUUAGGGCUUAAAGCACCGGUUUAUUCAGGUCGAUAUGCCGUGCGCGGAUUAGGAGUGUUUCCUGAAGGUCAUGGAUUGAAACAUGAAGUAUCAUGCCAAAUACCAACACUGACGUUUUCUGGUUCAUGGCUUAUCCAUCCACCCCCAGUGCAGGUUUUAAUAGGGUGUGAGGGUGUACACUCUUUGUUACUAUGCUGAAUAAAGCUCAUUGCAAGCAUUUACUGUAAGCUGCACAGCCCUGUUUCAUUCUGUUUAUUUGAUUUUUAUUUGUAAUAUAUCGUUUUUAUAAAUGUGAUUUUGUAUUUAAAGCACAUAGCAGUUGUAUAUAUUAUUAAGUUCAGGCACAAGGAAAGAGAGUAGAGAAUCUGUUGAUGUUACAACCAGGGGAUGUAGCUCAGAUGGUAGAGGGCUCGCUUAGCAUGCGAGAGGUAUGGGGAUCGCUGCCCCACUUCUCCAUCCUUUAAUUUUUUAUUUUCAUUUUUUGUUACUAGCCUUGAAACAUUUUAGGUACCUUGAUGUAAAUAAAUAACAUGCCGGUCCUGUAAGCGUAAAGUUACAAGCCAACUAGUAAAUCUUUGUUUUUCUGCCAGAAUGUACAAGGAGUUUCAAAAUUAGAGCCAUCAAAUUUUCCAGUACCAGCAAAUACCGUUGAAUUUCCAGAACCGCUGAUAUGAACGUGUUGCCAGUAGAUGGGAUCAAAUUUUGUCAGUACUUUGAAUAUGCAAUUUACAAAGGCCAUCAAUAUGAAUGGCCCUUUAAAUGAGCCACUUGCACUGUAUUGACGAGAACAGUUGGGUAGCCGUCAUGGUUUGCCGCAAGGAAC